AUGCGGCGGAGCCCACGCCCGGGCUCGGCUGCAUCCCCGCACAAGCACACGCCCAACUUUUACAGCGACAACAGCAACAGCUCUGUGAGCGUCACCUCGGGGGACAGCUGCGGGCACCGGUCAGCUGGGCCGGGACCCGGGGAGCCCGAGGGCAGGAGAGCCCGGGGCUCGAGCUGUGGUGAGCCCGCCUUGAGCGCUGGAGUGCCCGGAGGAACCACAUGGGCUGGAAGCUCUCGGCUGAAGCCGGCGCCUCGGAGCCACAAUGCGCAGACCGCCUGUGGCGCGGCAACCGUGAGGGGCGGGGCCUCGGAACCGGCUGGCCUUCCCGUAGUCUCUGAGGAGCAGCUCGACCUUCUCUCGACUCUGGAUCUGAGGCAGGAGAUGCCUCCCCCGCGAGUGUCCAAGAGCUUCCUAAGCUUACUCUUCCAGGUGCUGAGUGUGUUGUUAACCCUGGUAGGAGACGUGCUGGUCAGUGUGUACAGGGAGGUUUGUUCCAUCCGCUUCCUGCUCACGGCUGUGUCACUGCUGAGCCUCUUUCUGGCAGGACUCUGGUUGGGGCUCCUGUACCUGGCCCCUCCACUGGAGAAUGAACCUAAGGAGAUGCUGACUCUAAGCGAAUACCAUGCACAGGUGCACUCCCAGGGGCAGCAGCUGCAGCAGCUCCAGGCUGAGUUGGUUAAACUCCACAAGGAGGUGUCCAAUGUUCGCGCAGCCAACAGCGAGAGAGUGGCCAAGCUCGUAUUCCAGAGGCUGAAUGAGGACUUUGUGCGGAAACCCGACUAUGCGCUGAGCUCUGUGGGAGCCUCCAUCGACCUAGAAAAGACAUCCCACGACUAUGAGGAUAUGGACACAGCCUACUUCUGGAAUCGCUUCAGCUUCUGGAACUAUGCACGACCGCCUACGGUUAUUCUGGAGCCAGAUGUGUUCCCUGGGAAUUGCUGGGCUUUUGAGGGCGACAAGGGCCAGGUGGUGAUCCGGCUGCCGGGUCGCGUGCAGCUGAGCGACAUCACUCUGCAGCAUCCACCGCCCAGCGUGGCGCAUACUCGGGGAGCCAACAGUGCCCCCCGCGACUUUGCAGUCUAUGGCCUCCAGGUUGAUGACGAGACUGAAGUUUUCUUGGGCAAAUUCACCUUUGAUGUGGAGAAAUCUGAGAUUCAGACUUUCCACCUACAGAAUGAUCCCCCAGCUGCCUUUCCCAAGGUGAAGAUCCAGAUUCUAAGCAACUGGGGCCACCCUCGUUUCACGUGCUUGUAUCGAGUCCGAGCCCAUGGCAUUCGAACCUCAGAGGGUGCAGGGGAUAAUGCCAGAGGGGGGCCCUAUUAAACAUGCUGAUUGUUG